CUUUUUUUUUAAAUGUUGGCAGGGAGUUAGUCAGAACAAGAUCGAUACCAGUGACCUCUACAGCCUUUAAAUGGAUCCUGUUCGACCACCAUUCAGGGGCCCUUCCCCUAUCCACCCAUCUCACUGUGUACGGAUGCCAGGCCAGUUGGCACAAGUGCCUAAACACUUUGAUUCAGCCUUGGGCAGUCUUGGACCUGCAGGCAGAGGCACUGUAUUUACAGAACCAAGGGAACCAGCCCCACGGAAUGGGCCAACGCAUAAGGAAUCUGUAAGUUUAGUCCCCAUGUUCCAAGGACUCGACCUUGAAACAAUGCCUCAUAACUCUCUGAAACAAGAAAUGCCUCCUUCAGGGAGAGGCAUUUUUGGCCGAGGCUUAUCCAUGAACAAGGUGUGCAAGGACAAAGAAAAACCUCAACCCACUUCUCCAGGUCCUUCAGUGCUGGCAGCUGGGGAUAGCAAGUUGGCAGAGGCUUCCGUUGGCUGGAACAGAAUGCUUGGAAGAGGACAUUUGGAUGUUUCUCCGUUACCCUUGGGCAGAGCAGCUGGUGGGAUAGGCAGAGGAGUAUACAGACCUCCCAGUGCAUGCGGCCUGAUUUCUCGGGACCCACCACAGUUGUCAUCACCGCCACUGCUGCCCCAGGCCUCGCUGUGCUCUCCAGAUCACCCUCCAGUUGUGACUAUGGAGCAGAAGCAAAAAGAACAUUUUUUGAAGCAAGGAUCAAAAGGAAAACCUCAGUCUUUGGGACUGAACCUCAUCAAAAUACAGUGCCACAAUGAAGCUGUGUACCAAUACCACGUGACCUUCAGCCCCAACGUGGAGUGCAGAAGCAUGCGGUUUGGCAUGUUAAAGGACCAUCAGGCUGUCACCGGAAAUGUUACUGCUUUUGAUGGAUCCAUUCUCUAUCUGCCUGUUAAACUUCAACAAGUUCUUGAGUUUAAAAGCCACAGGAAAACCGAUGGUGCUGAGAUCUCCAUUAAGGUUCAGAUGACAAAGACCCUCGAGCCCUGCUCUGACUUGUGCAUACCCUUCUACAAUGUUGUUUUCCGUAGGGUAAUGAAACUUUUAGAUAUGAAACUUGUGGGGAGAAACUUUUAUGACCCAACCAGUGCUAUGGUACUGCAGCAACACAGAUUGCAGAUCUGGCCGGGCUACGCAGCCAGCAUCCGGAGGACAGAUGGAGGUCUUUUCCUGCUGGCUGAUGUGUCCCAUAAGGUCAUUCGGAAUGAUUCUGUGCUGGACGUCAUGCACGCUAUAUAUCAACAGAACAAAGAGAACUUCCAGGAUGAGUGUGCUAAGCUUCUGGUUGGAAAUAUCAUUAUAACUCGAUACAACAACCGGACCUACCGGAUUGAUGAUGUGGAUUGGAAUAAGACUCCAAGAGAUAGCUUCACAAUGUCUGACGGGAAGGACAUCACAUUCUUGGAAUAUUACAGCAAAAACUAUGGGAUCACCGUCAAAGAAGACGACCAGCCCCUGCUGAUCCACAGACCCAGUGAGAGACAGAAUAACCAAGGCUCGUUGCUGAAAGGUGAAAUACUGCUGCUGCCGGAGCUGUCCUUCAUGACUGGGAUCCCAGAGAAAAUGAAGAAGGACUUCAGAGCCAUGAAGGAUUUGACCCAGCAGAUCAACCUGAGCCCUAAACAGCACCAUAAAGCUUUGCAGUGCUUGUUGCAGAGAAUUUCAAACAGUGAGACAGCCAACAAUGAAAUGGCACGUUGGGGUCUCUGUCUUCAGAAGGAUGUACAUAAGAUUGAAGGCCGCAUUCUACCAAUGGAAAGAAUUAACUUGAGAAGUACUUCAUUUACCACAUCUCAGGAACUCAACUGGGUUAAGGAAAUAACCAGAGACCUUUCCAUUUUAACUAUCCCCAUUCAUUUCUGGGCACUGUUUUACCCAAAGAGAGCAGCAGAUCAUGCCCGAGAGCUGGUUAACACACUGGAGAAGGUAGCUGGCCCUAUUGGCAUUCAAAUGAACCCACCAGCCUGGGUUGAAGUCAAGGAUGACCGGGUGGAGACCUACAUCAGAACAAUUCAGUCCCUGUUGGGAGCUGAGGGGAAGCUACAGCUGGUUGUUUGCAUCAUUAUGGGUACGCGUGAUGAUCUCUAUGGGGCCAUUAAAAAGCUGUGUUGUGUGCAGUCUCCAGUGCCCUCGCAGGUCAUCAAUGUCCGAACAAUUGGUCAGCCCACCAGGCUUCGGAGUGUGGCCCAGAAGAUUUUACUUCAGAUUAACUGUAAAUUGGGUGGUGAGCUCUGGGGAGUGGAUAUUCCUCUGAAACAACUGAUGGUGAUUGGGAUGGAUGUCUACCAUGACCCCAGAAGGGGCAUGCGCUCCGUGGUGGGCUUUGUUGCAAGCAUCAAUCUCACCCUCACAAAAUGGUACUCCAGAGUGGUGUUCCAGAUGCCUCAUCAGGAGAUUGUGGAUAGCCUGAAGCUGUGCCUGGUGGGCUCCUUAAAAAAGUUUUAUGAGGUGAACCACUGUUUACCAGAGAAGAUCGUGGUCUACCGGGACGGAGUGUCUGAUGGCCAGCUAAAGACGGUUGCCAACUAUGAGAUUCCUCAGUUGCAGAAGUGUUUUGAAGCUUUCGACAACUAUCAGCCCAAGAUGGUGGUUUUUGUGGUUCAGAAGAAAAUCAGCACCAAUAUGUACCUGGCUGCUCCCGAGCACUUUGUCACUCCUGCCCCGGGGACUGUGGUAGACCAUACAAUAACGAGCUGUGAGUGGGUGGAUUUUUACCUCCUUGCUCAUCAUGUCCGGCAGGGCUGUGGCAUUCCUACACAUUACGUCUGCGUUCUCAACACUGCAAACCUGAGCCCCGAUCAUAUGCAGAGGUUGACUUUCAAACUGUGCCACAUGUACUGGAAUUGGCCUGGUACCAUCAGAGUUCCAGCUCCCUGCAAAUAUGCCCACAAGCUAGCUUUCCUGUCAGGACAAAUCUUGCAUCAUGAACCAGCCAUCCAGCUGUGCGAGAACCUGUUCUUCCUCUGACUUGGAUGUGUGCCUGUCGGGGAAUGACCCUUCUGAACUCAGCUGUGAUUCUUUCUGUAUCAACAGAGACGGAUGCGGGGUUUGUGUUGGUGUUUCCCCUUCUCCAGCUCAGUUGACUUAUACCCCCCCACCCCCAUUAAGCCUUUUAUCACUUAGAAGCAAGCCCCAUUCUUAGUCAGCUGCAAGUUGCCUUGUAGCCUUUGUAGGGCCCAGGAGGGAGUGCAGUUCUGUGCAGUUGGAGUGGGUGGAUGUAGGCAACUUAGUCCUCUCCACAGCCAGCAGGAGCAGUCAUCGCACCCAUCUUCUGUGCUCACUAAGCCGACCGGUUCUGUGCCAGAGGUGAUAAUGAACGAAGUCACUGGAAACGUCUUAAAGAAAAGUGACCUUCUUUGGGCUAUCAGAAAUGGCAAUGAAAAGAUCUGUGAAGCAGUUUUCCAACUAGGUAUUAGUAUUGCUGAUAGGCUUGAAAGACACGUAGUUAAUCAGCUUAUGAUAGGUUUUUGCUAACUAAUCUUGCCUCAGUUGACACCUGUGAGAUUGUGGUCUAGAUUUGGAAGAAUCUAGAAGUUUCUUUCAAUAUAUUUCACUUGUUUUGCAGUGUAUACUCCACAUUGAUUUACUCCCAUCUCUGGAAAUACACACACAUCUCUGUUCUUUGUUAUUGAUCUUUAUGAAGAAGGUUUCAGGUUUGUUGUUUUUUAAGUAAGAAUCAAACUAUGUGGAAAAAAACUGUUAACAGCUUGGAGGGUCAGGCCAUGAUGUGAGUUUUUAUUGACCCUUCACCUGGUUCCUGUUUAUAUACGUUUGCCAGUAUGCUCAUCUUCCUUGCAUAAUAGCCCCUUCCUGGAUGUUGUCUCACUCUGCUAGGAACUCUUGAGUCCAGGUCAAGAAUACCAGGAAUGGGCUCUGGAAAGCGUGGCACUCCUACCGAAAUCCAACAAUUACAGUUUAGCAAGCUCUCACCAUUCCUCUGGGUUUUAGGAAGCAUAACUGUGUGUGUUGUGGUCUUUUAGCUUUUCUUCAAGUCCCUUAGCUUGCUUUGUUGGUUUUAAACGUCAGUUACUUUUUUUUAGACCUUUUCAAAUCUUGAUUAUGAUACUGGUUUUUCUGUGUGUGUGACAGUAGGGAGGUGUGGAAGCUGAACUUCCCAUUUUAUAUGACAGUGUAUGAGAAGAGAAGCUUUAACUUACAAUUUUGUCGAAAAAGGAAAGCAAGAACGUUUUUGUAUUUUUGGUCUACCGCAGAGGUUGAGGUGGCCUGAGCAUUAUUGUUCAAAUGUGCUUCUGAUUGGAUGUGGAGCGUAGGACACAGGUGAGGCUAAGACCUGGAAUUUACAAAGCACUGAAUCAAACAGAUUGAAUCCCUGGUCUCUUAACAGAUCAGUUUCCUCAUUCUCUUCAGAAGCAUUUUAAAAUUUUUCUUUUGGAGUAGGAUUUCCUAAUACCCCUUUCCCAUAUAUAAUCAGAAACGUGACAGUUGAAUAUAAUACAUUUAUUUAUCUAUGUGUUUUACUUUAUAUUCCUGGUUUGUUUGGGGUUUUUUGCUUUAUAUUUUGGGGCUUUUUUAUACCUUGUUUUAUAGUUUUAGUGUCAAAUGAUGAGUCUUGGGUGGAAAAUAAAAACAAAUUUGUUUAAGUGUUUA